GCUCCUUCCGGCACUACAUGGUGUACCGGGACCAGGUUACCGGGUACGUGUACCUGCAGGCGCUCACCACCGACCACGUGGACGACGUCACGUAUACCGUGUUCGACCUGUUCGCCACGUUCGGCGCGCCCGCCGUGCUGCAGAGCGAGAACGGCCGCGGGUUUGCGUCGCGCAUGGUGCAGCGGCUGCGCAUCAUCUGGCCGGGGCUGCAGCUGGUGCACGGCGAGGUGCCGCCACACGCGGCCCACGGGCGCAAUCCAAACCAGGUGGUCAAGGACAUGCUGUUCAAGUGGCUGAGCGACAACAAGACGGACAAUUGGUGCGUGGGCCUGAAGAUCGUGCAGACCGCGUACAACAACAGGAUGCACCCGGGCAUGCAGAGCUCGCCGUACGAGCUCAUGUUCGGCACGGUGCUCCGGUUCGGACUGGUGUUGCCGCAGCUGCCGGUAGAAGUCACGUCCGCGUUCGCGUCCGAGGAGGAUGUGUAUGUCGCCCUAUUACGAUACCUGAAAAACGGUGGAAAUUCCGUCCCGGACCUGCCGACCGAACUAGCCACUGAAAUGUUCACUAAGGGAAAGGUCGGCGACCACGUCAAGGUGAAACUGAUGACCGGUGUGGACAAAGGAUUGUUCAACAUACGCGACACCAAAGGCAUCAUACUGUCCGUGAAAGGCAAUAUGUACGAGAUUGGCACUGAUUUGGGUCGACUGCCAAAGCUCUGCACUAGGGAACAAUUCCAAAUUUGUGACCAGGAUACGCGGUCAACGGACAACAGUGUCUUUCCUUUGGACGAAUAUUGCACGUACGAGGUCACUAAAGAUUACUCCGUCAAUACGUUUGCAUGCCAAUGUGUAAAGCAGUGUAAGAACUUUAGAUGCAUGUGUAAAAGAAUGCAUAUACAGUGCAGUUCGGUAUGCCACAACCAAAGUCCAUGUUUUAAUAAGACAUAUUGCCACUCAUCUUUGCCACCUGAAGAUCGAUAACAUUGGAUUGUUCUCGUUAUGUUUUGCGGAUGGUAUAAAUUAGUCUAAUUAGUUUAAUGCUUAGAUAUUAUUUUAUUAUUUUUAGUUUUUAUUCCCCUCCCACUUUUUAGUAAAAGUUUCGAUAUCAAAUGUAGAUAACUACUAAGGCGCAUGUAAUGUAUCUAAAGUGUAAAAGGUAUAAUAUACCUUAUUGUAAUAGGGCGUAAAUGUA